AUGUACCUAAAAAAUGGCUGCCCUUGUAGCCCCAAAGGGACUACUGGCAGAGUUGUUACAAUAGAUGAAUGUCAUAAAACUGAACAAUCAUCUGAGAAGUCAACACAAGUAUCAUUUGAAAAUGCAUCGGGUUCACAUAAAUCUGAAAAUAACACUGUUGAGAAAUUAUUGAAUGUUGAUGCCCAAAUCAAUGACUGUGACUCUCCUGACGCUAAUGAUUCUAAUAUACCUGCUAAAGAAGACAAGGGUCUUCAAUCAAAAGUUGAUAAACUAGUUGGAAAGAUUCUAAAUGUAGAUGACGAAGAAGAUAGUAAUUAUUUGUCAUAA